CUUUUUCUUAUUUUAAUUAAAAAAGGACUUUUUUCCCAAACAUUCAAGCAAAAUCCGCUUCUUUCCUAUUUAUAAGACAUAAUUGAUACAUAUACUGAUUAUAUAUUUCUGAUUAUAUUCGCGCGCUUGCUUCGUUUCAUUAAACCUUAUACCGCCUCGCCCACUGAUGAAAUUUACAUCAAGCAAGAGCAGCCACAAGAGCAAGCGGAUUUUGAUAUGGCUAUGGAAGAUGACGAGGAUUCAGAAGAAGACUCUUCACAAGACGAGACUGCCCACCAUAGUCACUACUCUCACAGCAGCAACAGUGCAAACAGCAUUACCACCUCCGUCAUAAGAAGCGAAAAUUACGCUCAUAAUGAUUCUGGAAAUCGUCCGCCCUUGUCGCAACCGCUUUUUUUAAAUUUUACUUCUGAUCUUUCACCUCAGAAAUUGAACAAGAAGAAGACGAAAUCCAAAAAACAGACAGCUUACCGAGUCAACGGUGUCAAUAUUUUGAACAGAAAUGAGCUGGAUAGUAAGACUGCCAUUGAAAGAAUCCAACGUCGACGAGAAAAUCACAAUCACGUUGAACGUCGUCGUCGAGAUAACAUUAACAACACCAUUUUUGAACUAUCGACUGUUGUUCCUAAUGCCAUUAAACCUGGCCAAAAGCCCAACAAGGGCAAUAUCCUAAAAUUGUCACUCGAUUAUAUCAGAGAAUUGAAGACUGAAAACGAAGCGUUGAAGGAGCGUCUGAACAAAUUGUUAUCUCCACCUUCUGCUGCCUCCUCGUCACCGGCUAUUAACGUAGAAACAGCCACUGCUAAACAUUCUGUCCAAAUGUCGGUGGAUGAACCCUGUAAUAAUACGAAUGGAGCUAGUAACAAUAGCACGAAUAGCAAUCAUCAUCAGAUUCAUCCUCCUCUUCAAUACCAACAAUACCAGAAUAACCCUACCAGUAGCAAUUUCCUUCAGCAAUCUCCGUCAGCACCUAACUCUCCACACCGCUACGGGCUCAAUAGCCACACCACCACCUUCCACAUACAACCUCAGCAUGCACAACAACAACCCCAGCCUCAACAACAACAACAAACUAUAUCGAUGUCAAACUCACCAGUAUUUACCAGUUCAAAUAGUGGCGGCAAUAAUACCAUGCAUCAUCAAGCAUUGCCGCCUCCAUCCUUGUCACUGCCUCCGCCACCUACAAUGCCUGCGCCUUAUACACAUCAACAAAUUCAGCAUAUCUUCUCCAAUAUGUCUGUAUCCUCUCCUUCCCCAACCAAUUCCACUGUUAAUUCUUCUGUAGUCACCUCGUCUCCUUCGAUAUCGCCAUUGUCAACUUCCGCCGCAGCAAGAAAUACAACAACAACCGCAACAACGAUAGCAGCUCCAGCCUCAGUACCAGUGCCAGCAACAGCAGCAACAGCAACAGCAACUGUGACAGCAAACCAACAAAGCGGUUAUCCUCCAUUCUUCCCACCUUAUCAAACUACUGCUUCCGCUACAGGUGCUGCGAAUUCUAUAUCCACUCCAUCUACAUUCCACCGUAUACCACAACCACCUACAUUAUAUAAUCACAAUAUAGAGAACAGUACGAACAACAAUACUAACACCAGUAACCUAAGGCCUCUAUUACCCGCUACAGACAAAUCCUCAUCUACUGCACCAUUUAUUUUACCCUCAUUAAGGAUGAGCGGGUACGAGAAAAUUUAUGGUAAUGUCUGUCGAUAUUAAACGAACAAUACUUUGGGGAGGGGGCGUUUCUUUCUUUUUUGUUUAUUCUUUCUUUACUUCUGUCUAUCACUUUAUUAUUAUUUUUGCUCUUCAGUAUGUUCUUUUCUUUAGAAAUGUUCUCAAUAUUGUACAUUAUGUAAAU